AUGGAACAGACACGCUCGUUGCACGUCUUGACCGCGUCACAAGCAGAUUCUGCCGACUCUGUCGCGAAGCUGAUACGUGCCCCCGCGACAACUGGAGUCAUACUGAAGGGCUUUGUGAAGGCAUGUGGUUGUGAAGACCUGCUCGCUUGGGCCCGAGAGUACUGCAGCGUUGGCGAGCCCGUGAAAGAUCAGCGGCUUGGGCAUUUGGUAGGCUACAACUCCGAGCCCGGAGAGCCUUUCAGCGAUCAGCUGAAGCUUAGGAAGCGGCAGCUCUUCGCCGAUCUCCAGCAAUGUGGUGAGGAUCUCGUGAAGGAAGGUACCGUCGACCAGCAGUCGGAGAUAGCCAGAGGGAGCUCCUCUGCCGCGGCGGCAUUGUUGAAGCUGCUCCAGUCACUGAUGCAGCUUCACGAGCCCUGCAUCGAGACGUCGGGGAAGGGGAGCCAGGACCUUCGUUGGAAGAUCAAGGUGGAGGUGAACCAGGACGGCGCAUGUACAAAAUACCACGAUGACAUGGUGGAGGUCCGCUUCGCCAUGACACUCGCCGGCGAGGGUACAGUACUCGCCGAGAAUGCUGUCGACUGGGAUCUCUACGCAUCUAGCGGAGGUGCGAUUCCGGCUUUGGCCGAAAACCCCGAUCUCUCUGUAGAAGACGCCAGGAAGGUCAUUCAGGAGUGGAACCAGCGCGUGAACAGGGGUGGCGAGGUGAACACAGAGCCCGGUGAUCUCUCGAUCAUGAAGGGAGGCAAGUUGACGAAGCAGCCAUGCCUUCAUCGAGCGCCCUAUUCCGCCGGGGAAGGCCAAAAUCCGGCCCGGCUGCUGAUUACCGUGGACCACAUCCCGCUGGAGGAGAUGCAGGAGUUUAUCGCCAUGGACUUUGGAGAAGUUGAUGAGGAGAUGACCGAUGCCGUUGAGGCAGAGGCACAGGCAGCAAACGAUGAACUCCUUCCCGUCACCGUUCUUAGCGGCUUUCUGGGCGCUGGAAAGACGACCCUCCUGCAACACGUGCUUACAAACCAAGAUGGCUUGCGCGUUGCCCUGAUCGUCAACGACAUGGCGGAGCUGAACGUGGAUGCUAUGCUGGUGAAGUCCAGCUCACAGCUCAUUACUGGAAAGGACAAGAUGAUCGAGAUGCAGAACGGUUGCAUUUGUUGCACCUUGCGUGGAGACCUUAUCGAGAAUGUGAACAAGCUGGCGGCAGAGAAGAGGUUCGACUACCUCAUGAUCGAAUCUACUGGCAUCUCUGAGCCGAUGCCUGUCGCCACCACCUUCGUGGCGGAGCAUGAAGGUCAGCAGAUGCUGGGAAAGGUAGCCCGGCUCGAUACCCUGGUGACCGUCGUGGAUGCCAGGAACUUCUUGAACGACUACGGUACCGGGGAGUUGUUGAACUCGCGCCCAGACCUUGGCGCCGAAGCCACAGAUCAGCGGACCAUUGCGCAGCUCUUGGCGGAUCAGGUGGAGUGCGCGAACCUGAUUGUCCUGAAUAAGUUGGACCUGGUUGAGCCGAAGGAGGCAUCGAGGCUGGAGGACAUCCUGCGGAAGAUGAACCCCAAAGCGAAGAUUAUCCGGUCCAAGUACAGCAAGGUGGACCCCAAGCUGCUCCUGAACACGAAAAGCUUUGACAUCCAUGAAGCCGAGCAGAUACGCCUCGACAAGCUUUUCGAAUCUGGUCUCGACGAUGUCCUUCGCUCCAAGGGUUUGCUCUGGGUGGCGGGUAUCCAUGCGUCCUCACUGAUUUACAACCAGGCAGGCGCAGCCGUCAGUAUCGAGUCGGGUGUAGAAUGGCUCCACGGCACCGUUGAUCUCGCAAACUGGCCUCCAGAUCUGAAGGACUUUAGGCGAAGUGGCCGAAUCCAUUUCGACCCCGCCAGAGACCUAGGCAAGUUAGCUGAGCAACUGCAGAUGGGCAAGGGCUUCUGGUUACAAAGUGUUGGCGCCAAGGAUGCCUGGGAACUGCAGGCCUUUAUCACCGGAUUCGUCAAGUACUACCCGUCCGAUGCCAGCGCUGGUUUCGGGGAUGGGGGACGAGCAAGCAAACUUCUCUGUGAAGAGCUCAAGGAAGGCGACGAAGUUUGGCUUUCGGGCCCCCAUGGCGGCAAAGUCUAUCGUGGCAACGGCAAUUUCCUGGUGGAUGGCCGCGUUAUCAAGGCAGAGACCAUCUGUGCAUUAGCGGGGGGCUCUGGCAUCACCCCGGUACUCUCGCUUCUCCGUCAGUGUCGGGAAGAGUGCCGCGCAAGCUACACGAACCCGGCAGCGCAGCAAGAUCUCGUCAAGGAGUUCUCAGUUGUGCAUUCCAUGCGAUCUAUGGACGAGAAGCUAGAUGCCGUCUGGUACACGCCGGUCACGGAGUUGGGGCUGGCACCGCGCUGCACGGUCACGAGUCUGGCGACGAAGGAUGACACCAGCCUCAAGAGACAGACCUCCACUCCCCGAGAAGGCAUGCUCACGCGCUACGGCAAGCUCUCCAGGGCCGUUUUGGAGGAGAUCUUUCCUUCGCCCAGUGAGAACGUCGUGGUGGUGAUUUGUGGGCCAAAAGGCUUUGUGGAUGAG